CGUACACAUCGCGAUGUUUCGAAAUAUUCAUACGGAUCCUCUAUUGGGACAAACUUCGAGUGAAUUUCAAAAGUAACGUCCAAUAAAUAAACAAAAGUGAAGUUCUUCAUUCAGUUUUGUGGUAAAAAUAUGUAGUGUAAUAAGAAAGUGCGAAUAUUUAAGUACUUACCUAAUUAGCAUCAAGUAUGGUCCCCGGUCCAAUUAAGACUGACAAACGUACAUGCAAAAAGUUAAAGGGUGUUGUGAUUUUGUAUAUACUAUUUAGUUUUUUCUGCGACACGAGAGCCCAAAGUCGUGCGCCGCGAAUCAAGGAGCAUCCUGUGGACACGAUUGUCGGGAGAAGCGAACCUGCGACCCUGCGUUGCGUGUCUGAGGGCAAGCCGAAACCAGUUAUACACUGGUACAAGGAUGGGUCUCCCCUUGCGCCCACAGAUAAUCCGCACAGGGUGCUGCUCGAAGAUGGGCUCCUGUUCCUUAGGGUCAUGCGUGGUAAGAAGGAGAGUGACGAGGGCGUAUAUUGGUGCGUCGCACGUAACACCGUGGGGGAGGCGGUCAGCAAAAAUGCGACGCUUACCAUAGCCGUUCUGCGUGACGAAUUUCGGACUGAACCUCGAGAUGUAAAAGUAGCAAGUGGCGAACCAGCUUUAUUGGAAUGUUCUGGUCCUAAAGGAGUGCCUGAUCCAUCCGUACAUUGGAUAAAAGAUGGACAUAGUUUGGAUGUCGAACAAAUUGGACGCAUAUCCGUAGUGGAUGGAGGGAAUCUAAAAAUCUUCGAAAGUCUACCAUCAGAUAGCGGUGUGUACAGAUGUGUGGCCUCUAAUGUGGCCGGCGAAAGGCAAUCGCGUCCUGCCACACUGCUCGUGUUACGUAGACCACAUUUUCUAGUGAAACCUAAUAACAUAACGGCGCUAAUAGGCCAGAACAUCGAGUUUCACUGUCAAGCUUCACCAGAAUCGGACGUGUCAGUAAUGUGGUCUCGUGAUAGUGGUUCUUUGUCACCUUACGCUAUUAUUCGCCGAGGCUCGCUACGAAUAGAUCGAGUCAGUGCAACGGAUGUUGGAACUUAUACAUGCAGAGCUGAAAGUCAAGCCGGGAAUAGCGUCGCCUCAGCCACACUUACGGUGUACUCUUUGCCCCAUUUCAAAAGGGUGCCCUCAGAUCAAACUGCUUGGGAAGGAGAAGCAGUGUCUUUUCCAUGUGAAGCAGACGGCUCGCCGAAACCAAUUGUUUUUUGGACCAUGGAAGGAUCACAAGAAUUAAUAUUUCCCAAGACGGCGCAUGGCACAGGAUCUUUGUAUUUAGACCGAGUCCUUAUACAACAUGCAGGCAGACUUACGUGUGUUGCUGUAAGUGCUGCGGGAAGUGCUCUGCAUACGGUUUCACUUCAGGUUUUAAGAAGAGAAGCUAAUUCUUUCAAAGGAGACUCUGAAUCGUCUUCUCCUUAUCCGGAGCUAGGGAAACCUCAAAAUCACCCUCCAAUGACACAAUACGAAUUAGUCCAAGCUCGUCGAUAUUUGCAACAAGAUGUAUUAGCUUUGAGAAGGGUUGAGGGAAUAUCUUCAACAACAUUGAAAGUCGUCUGGGAUGUGUUAACUGAUUACAACGAAUACUUAGAAGGUGUCAAAAUAUGGUUCAACGGAACUUCUCUCAAUCGAAAAUUUGCAAUGGAAACACAAAUAUCACAAGUUUCAAAUACGACUUUAAUUGAUAGUUUAGUAGAGUUCAGCAAAUUCGAAAACUUUUCCAUGACAACUGUACACAACAGUGGAUCGUCUAGUCAUGUUUUGACCGGUUUAAUGCCAUAUGCUCAGUACGAUGUGUUUCUGAUGCCAUUCUACAAAUUGUUAUUGGGAAAACCCUCCAAUUUAAAGGCUGGAUUUACGGACGAAGAUGUUCCAUCGGCGGCGCCGCAGAGCCUUUCAGCCGGAGUGAUAAAUGCGACGUCAGCGUGGAUCCGGUGGGAUCCGCCGCCCGCACAUGCUUGGAACGGUGAACUUUCUGGUUACUUGAUCGAAGUUAGGGUUGGUGGAGGAAAUGGUGGACGUGUAGUCGGGCAAAUGUCUUUAGGAGCAAAGACUCGCGCUGCUGCUGCCAGUUCACUACGCGCUGGUGGCCGUUACAGUGCCCGAGCAGCUGCCGUCACCAAAAAAGGACAUGGCCCCUUUAGUAUCGCAGCACAUAUACACAUGGUUCCCAGUCAGACGCAACGACAUUAUGUGCAAACUGAACCGGCUAGGGACAAAGCUAUAUUGUCAAUGUUCCAAGAAACUUGGCUUCUGGCGUUGUGCGUGACUUUAUUAGUACUAGUAUUGGUUGGCGCCGGCGUAAUAUUUUAUAUUAGACAACGUAACUCCAAACAAAGAAAAAGCCAUAAUUCCACCAAUACUGCUGUUGUAAAUGCUCAGCAGUGUUUACUUGGUAAAGAAGCUGUAUGGCUUCGCGAAAGACCUACAUUUGAAGGUUCUAAUGAGCCAAGAAUAGAAAUCUUGAAUUGUCACCAGAGUCUUCUACAUACUGGUCAUUCGAUUGGGACAAUGGCUAUGGAAGCGGAGUACACCUUACCACAACAUACCAGCAGCAUGAAUGCAAUGCCACAAGAAGAUCAUAGAAGAAUAGCUCCCGAACCAUAUGCUUCUAGUGCUAUUUAUACUGAAUUAAAUUAUCAGUUGCAGAAUCAUACUGAUGCAGAGGACUCUUGCAUGAAAUGUGCAAUAAGUCCAGGUUCUUAUGACAAUAGCAUGGUCCGAUCUUAUGGAGAAAGUAAUCAGUAUUCCAAUGAAGAAUGCUCCACGUGCUGUAGAAGUAGUAGUUCUACAUUAACUAAGGAGUACAGUGAGAUGACGAAAUGUGGUAAUGAUGCUGAUGAGAUCCAAGACAUGUCUAUAGACGACUGUCCGUCAUGUAAAACUAACCACUCGAGAUCAUCAAGUCAUCACGACGGUAAUAAAGAUUGGGCAAUGGCAGAAGUGGAAUACGAUUAUCCACAGUGGCAUUGGAUGGCUAGAGACAACAGUUUCCGACAAGGAACACAUGAUCCAAGAAAUUCAACCGGGAGAAACGAUCAAAAUUGCAGAAUGAAUCUGUGUGAUAUUCUUCCCCCGCCACCAUAUGAAAGAGAAUCUCCUUACCGGGAAAUGCGUGCAUUUGCAAGUCACUCAGGGGCAUCAGGUUGUUCAGGACACUCGUAUAGGAGUUAAUUUGUUUUACUAAGACAUGUUAUUAAAGGAAUAUCAUUAGUACGUAAUCCAAGC